GCCAAGGCGGAAUACACUUACCCCCACCAUGCUGCAGCGCGAGCCAGGUUCAAGGCAGCAAGAGUUGGCGAAGGAGCCUCCUACCAGCGCACUCCCGCCAUGUGCAGGCAGCUUCCUCAGGACAAAGAAAGGAGGACAGAAGGAAGCAUCUACUGCACAGACCAGCGCUGCACUCCCUGCCACCAAGGAGUCUAAGAGAAUGCUGCAGGAGCUCCAGGAAGUGUCUGCGCUGUGGAAAGAAGCAGACCACACGUGGCCUGUGCACCAGCAGCAAAUAAAGCGAGCACAGGCAGAAAUGGCGGCAUGGGAAGGCUGGAACGCAGGGAAGGACCAGCGUCCGCCCCAGCUGGUGGCCAGGGAGAGCGUGCAUGUUCCGCAUCCUCCAGCCCAGCCCAAGAGACAGCAAGUGGGAAGGAGAUGGAGGAAGGACGUGGGUCCUGUGCCCGGAAGUAAAAUGGGGACAGCGACCAAGCUGGCACUGCAUGCUGACCUCCUUUCCCCGCAAGCAGCUCAGGUGCUCCAGAAGUUGGAGCCGCACCUCCAUCAGCAAGAGGCUUUUGCCAGCACCGCAGAAAGAAACCGGCAGAAGCUGGAGCUGAAGCAGCAGCUCGCCAGGGCUCGAUGCUCACACGGCUCCAGAGAGGAAGGUGCAGCCAACGGUGGUGACCGCGGUGGAGCUGUUGGCAAGGGGGCUGGGAAGUCGUCCAGAUUUCCACCUGUGAAUGGAAGACUAUAGAAUCAAAGACUGGUGGGAUGGCCUGGGUGGAAAAGGACCUUGAAGAUCGUCUGGUUUCAACCCCCCUGCUGUGUGCGGGGUCACCGACCAGCAGAACGGGCUGCCCAGAGCCACAUCCAGCCUGGCCUUGAAUGCCUCCAGGGGCAUCCGCCACCUCUCGGCCAGCUGUUCCAGCACGUCACCACCCUCCUUGUGAAGAACUCCUGCUAACAUCGAACCAGAUUAUCCCCCCUUUCACAGUUAAAACCACUCCCCCUUAUCCUACCACUAUCCAGCCUCGUCAACAGCUGUUCCCCCUCCAGUUUACAUCCUCCCUUCAAGAAUUGGAAGGCCACAAUGAGGUCUGCCCGGAGCCUUCUCCUCACCAAGCUAAACAAGCCCGGUUCUCUCCACCUUUCUUCACAGGAGAGGUGCUCCAGCCCUCUGAUC